AAGGGGGCACUGAAGAGUCGGUGCUUCUUGGCUCCGUGAGAACAGUUGCUCGCGACCACCAGCCACGCACGCACCAAGAUGCCCUUCUCCCUGAGCAACGCACUCACUCUCCUGGCAAUAGUGGCCACCUGUGUUUCUGCAGCAACUACUGAUCUCUCUCACCUGGUCAAAAAGAAGUGUCCAAAGGGUGGUCAGGAGAAUGCAGCUUGCUACGCCGCUCUGCUGACUGGUGUCAUUCAAGGAGUGGUUCGAGGAGUGCCGGAGUUGGAUUUCGAGUCGAUGGAUCCGUUGAAGUCAGAUCCUUUGAACUUGACCGUCAACGCCGGCUCGGACCAGUUUAAAAUGAACUUCCUGGCACCGCAAUUCACCGGCCUGACCAACGCGAGAGUGUCAAAACUCAAAGUUGCCAAUCCGUUGGAAAUGACCCUGCACAUACCUGAGGUCAUGAUGACCUCCAACUACGUCAACUCUGGCAAGUUGAUUGUGAUCAAGGCGUCGGGUGGCGGUUCCAUGACCAACACUUUCGAUGACGUGAGCUUGCACCUGCGCAUCUCGUAUAGCAUGAAGGACGAGGACACCGUCCAGAUUGAGAACGUGGAAGUCAACUUCGCGCCUAAGAAGUCCAAGAUGAGGGUGGACCGACUGAACACUGGAAACGUCGUCGCACGAGAGCUGUACAACAUUUUCCUGUCGGCGAGCGGCUCUGAGAUUUUGGGUCUGAUGUCUUCGCAGCUGAAUGAAAACUUCGGCGGCGUCAUGAAGAGGACCGCGGAAUUCAUGGCAAAAAAUCUGGCUGUGUCGUCUGCCCUCGAGUGAUAAAAUAAAUCCUCUCUCUCUCUCUCUGCACCUGUACGCUUUUGUAAAUAUUAAUUAUUUCCUCGUUGUGUCCUAAUAAGGUUGUUUGCUCUGCUGAGAGGCCGACCUUUCAUGAAACAUUCGGUUUGAAAGGUGCGAAAUGCUGUUCAAAAAAACAAAAAUAAAUUAUUUUGUAUCCUAAUGUA